AAUAUAAUGAAUUGUACAAAGCUGCUUUAAAAAUUGUAGUUUAGUUUAUUUACGUAUCUGUGUGAGAAAGGUUUCUUAUCACCAACUCACAUUAAAAGAUGUGCCGAUCAUAGAUUCAAGCUUACCAGCAUAUAUCCAAACCUAGAACCGCUGUGCAAGGACGACAGACUCAUUCAUCUCCUUCAUAAGGAAGAAUGAAAAAAAAAAAAAGCAACAACCAAAAAAAAGCGGAAAAACGUCAUUGGUUGGAGCUCGUGUACAAAUCUUAACACGAGAUAAGAUUCUUGCCAAAUCCUACAGCAGGCGAGCGAGCUGAUGAUGUAAGAAAGGAUGUUUUGACUGAACGUGUCUCUUUAUAAAGAAUUUAUACAAACAAGUGCUGACACCACAGUGUAGAUGAAUUAGUCUUACCUUCUCAACACACAUGAAAACUCAGUUGUUUCCUUAUUUGAUACUUUAUGAACUUUGAAGAAAUGCUUAAGAUGUCCUCUCUAAACAAGCCAGUCCACAUCUAUCAGAUAUCUUCAUUUUAGAUCAAGCAUUGUUUGUGUUAUGCUUGCUAAUCAAUACUUUCAAGUUUUACUUUAGAUGGGCGUUAUCUGUCAUUGGUCUAUUCUAAAACUUAUGUGUGUAUAGAGAUAUGGUACAUACGGUUAUUUUACCAUUUAGUUAUUCUUGAAUCUAACACCGAAGAAAUCGUUUGCAAAAACUGUUUGAUCUGUCAAAAUGUGUUAAACAUUAUUAUCAAAAUAUUACCUGGAUUUUAACUUUUACUCAGCCUAAGAACUGAUUUCGGUAUCUGGUACAAGUAGUUUGAAAACUGAAUUUUUUUUAAACUCACAGGCUAGUCUUACAAGAAUAGUCUCUGUACCUUAUGUCGCAUUAGAUAACGUCUCUGCUACCUGUUUUAUACUGCAAAAGUUUCUGUUCUAUUUUCAUUAAAAUGAUUUAUAUGUCUUUAAAAUCAAUUUACAAUUUCUAAUUAAGAAUCUCUUAACUGCAAGGUUAAAAAUAGGAGCACUCGUUUAAAAAUAUUAUCCUGGUACUGCUUAACUUUUAAAGAUGGGGCAGACUUUAUUAUUUGGCACAUGGAAUGUCCGAGGACUGUCCAAGAAAAUGGAAAAGGUUUAUUCCGAAUUAGAGGAACAUAACAAAGACAUAGUUGUGAUCACGGAAACAAAAAAGAAGGGUAAGGGUCGCGAAAAUAUUGGUAAUUACAUUCAUUUCUUUAGUGGAGUGGGAGAAAAUGACAGAAGCAGAGCUGGAAUCUCUAUAAUGAUGAAAGAAAUGUUUUGCAAAUACAUGACUUCUUGGGAAGCUAUUGAUGAAAGGCUCAUAAAGAUAGAACUAAUGCUUGGUAUAAAGCAAGUGGUCAUUAUUGGAGUUUAUGGUAUAGAUGACAAUGCAAGAAAGGAUAAGAAAGAAAUAUAUCAUAAUAAAUUAUGGUACGUAAUGAAGGACAUAGAUGAUGAAGCUGAAGUAGUUAUUCUUGGGGACACCAAUGCAAGAGUGGGCCGAUGUACGAGUAGUGAUAUUGUAGGAAAAUAUGGCGAAUCAAGAAUGAACGAUAAUGGCGACAAGCUUAUUGAACUUUGUUCUGAGUUUAAAUUAAAAAUUCAAAACACUUUCUUCCGACAUAAGGACGUCGAUAAGUAUACGUGGUAUGCAUGCGGGAGAAAUACAAAAUCAAUAAUUGAUUAUUGUAUCACAAAGCAGACGUCAGCAUUGAUUGUAAAAGACGUCAGAGUGCAUAAAGAAUUACAAUGCGACACGGAUCAUUGCUUUGUUGAAGCCGAAAUAACAAUUCCGUGGUUUCAAGAUAUUGAAACCGUCAAUGAGGGGAAGAUUUCUAAUCCCCAAAUUUACAAAACGCAUUUGCUUUUCAAUAAAAACAUUCGAAAUCAGUACGCCACACGCUCGAAAGAAGUUCUCGAUUGCAGGUUGGCUGAAACUUUAGAUGAGAAAUAUCAACACUUAAAGGAAGUUCUUCAUAAAGCUGCCGAAGAAAUUCUUGGUGAGUUCAAAGAGCAAAAUUUUAGUGAAUUCUGGUACCCCGAAAAUAUUCGAAUCUUGAAGCAAAGCAACAAUAACAAACUUUGGAAUGAGGACUGUGGUACAAUGUUAGACAAAGACAUAAAGCUACUUUCUCGCAAAAAUGACAAAGAAUUUAAAACGGAAUUUUGGGAAGAAGUGUGUAACAAAAUUGAAAAUUCGGAUGAGUUAACCAAGGUCCAGUUUCUAUGGGAAAUUGUUAAAACUAUUCAAACGAUAUCUAAAAAUGACCUAAAUCUGCAUGCAAUAAUACCAGAUUUCAUUUCAUGUCGCUGCAUCAGAAUCUUAAACCCAAAAGCAAAAUCUAAAAAAGAAGAUAUUGCAGAUGCGUCUGAAAUUAGUGUCUUGGAAGUAGACGAGGCACUGGAUGGGUUGGAAGAGAAUUACUAUUCUGCGCCAGGCAAUAUUUCUAUAAAUCUGUUAAAAUAUUCCUGCUUGGAAUUAAAGGAGUUACUCAGAUAUUUAAUUCAAAUUAUUUUAAAUGGACAUAAAAUUCCUCUUGAAAUAAAUGAAAUAUAUGUGUAUUCUGCUGAUGAGACAAGUUACGGUAAAAUGCAAAAGGCUGUCAAUCCGAAUCACUCAGAUACUUUAGUGCUCCAUCCAAUUAUGUCGUUAAUGAGGUCCAUUCUUAUAAAAAGAAUUGAGAAAACCUUAUCUUUAGAAAGACUACCUCAGAGCUGUUUUACUCCUGAAUCUUCAGUCAUUGAAGUUAUUUAUAUGUUACGGCAAAUUAUACAAAAGUGUGUGGAAAAACAGAAAGAAGCACAUUUCGUUUUUAUUUGCCUCAAAUGUUGUUGCAUGGACGUACCAUUUCCCUUUCUUUAUGAGAGACUGAAAGCAACAGGAUUAAGCAGUAAAUUAAUCGCUAUGAUAAAGCAUUUAUAUGAUGGAAAUAAAUUUAAAUAUCAGACAUCAUCUUCGUCUGCUCAACACUCCUCAAAUUUCUUUCGGCUAAAGCAAGGAUGUAGUUUGUCUUCAGUAUUACGAAUGAUAUGCAUACAAAAGUGCCUAAGAAGAUGGCACAAUAAAUGGGAAAACGUAGGACUAUAUAUUGGGAAAAGAAAACUGCUGUCUUUAUACUAUCCAAGUGGGUUAGUAAUCCUCGCUUCAAAGAAGGUAGAUUUAGAAAACUCUGUGAAUGCUUUAAAGCAUUACUUCGAAAAAAGUAGUUUUAGCUUAUACCUUAAAAAUGCAAAGUAUCUCACUUUGAAUUCUGGAAUAACAAGCACUUUGACCUUAGAGUCCUUGACAAUCAAACGAACGCCUACUGUCACGUAUCUCGGCUACGUUUUGCAACAGGAUGGAAAAUGCAAAGAAGAAAUAAGUUAUCGAAUUAUGCAAGCGAAAAUAGUAGCUUCGAUUUUGCAGUCAGAGAUGAGCAAUAGCAUAAUUGAGAAAGAAACAAAAAAGAAAAUUGUUCAGGGUAUUCUGGUAAAUAUUUUGACUUUUGGUUGUGAAACUUGGACUUUGUCUAAGGUUCUCGAAAAGAAAAUCCAGUCUUUGGAGUUGGAGUUUUGGAAGAUUUGCUGCAAGGAUCAGGAAUGCAAUGAGAUCAAAGACGAAGAAAUUUUAAAAACAAUGCAAGUUGAUCCAAAUUUGAUUCAGAGUAUAAAACUGAAAAUUUUAUCAAUGUAUGAUUCUAUUAAUGCUAUGAAUAAAAGAAAAUGGUUGAAAUGCAUAUUAGAAUGGGAACCGAACGGGAAAAGGAAGGCUGGAAGACCUCAGAGAAGGUGGAUUGAUGAAGUUAGAGAGGCAGAGAAGGAACUACAAGAAUUUCAACGCAGCGCAUGAAGAACAUUAUGACCAUUUUAAGACAUCAGGAGGUAUAAGAAUUACUAAAAAAUUCUUUGACAUAUUACGAGAGAUCUGGUGUUCUUAAAAAUAAGAAGAACGGGAAAAGUACAAACCAGAAACGCGAAGAAUGACAUUAAAACGCGAAGAAAAAUUCAGAAGGAGAAGAAAACUUGGCAUGCGAUUACAGGCAAAAAUAUCUCAGCAGAAAACAUUGAAGAAGAAAACAUCGCGCAGAAGACAACGCAACGGGGAAACGCCAUAAUAUAAAAGAUAGAUAGUGGGAAAAAAGAAAGCAUGGCAGUUUUAAGACAUCGUUGUAGAAAAUCAAGCGAUUCAAAAACUUCUCAAUUUAAAAUCAUUGUCGUCGAAAACAUCGUGGUAAAAAAUAAAGCGCAUACAAAUCAUCGCAUGACGAUAAUCAUCGCAUGACGAUCGCAGACGUGUUUUUCAGGUUUUAAGAGCUAUAAAUGCAUAUUGGCAUAAUGAUUUGUGAGCGCAAAAAGGAAUGAAGAAUAUUUUUACUUUUAUAUUGAAUUAAUUAAUAAUUUUUUGCUGAAAAAUUCAGACGGAAGCUUAAGCAUUCAAAAACUUAAAAAGAGUAGAAAAAUUGAUGUUACUUAUAUCAGCUAACAUAAUUUUAUAAUUUGAUACUUAAUUAAACAAUUUCAAUAGAGGUAA